GAGAUCAGUAACACGUAGAUUAACAUAUCAAGCAUGCAAGAAUAGUUGCUGUCAUUUGAAUUACUGUAUGCUGCUGAGAAUGAGUGUCCUUGUAUUGUGUAUGAGCUGCCUGUGUCUAUGGCUGGGGAAGCUCCGUGUACUGGUGUCUGCAGACUAUGUGGUACAAGUGAAGAUGGUAUCUUACAGUCAUCCAUCUAACACAGUUUCUGGUGGCCGAUGUUGUGAUUCAAGCUAUCGUGAACCAUGUGAUGGAUGGGAGCGCUGUGACACCUACUUCAUCUACUGCCUGAGGCCACAUGCCAGUACUGCUACACAGUGUCCCAGUACUGCUCCCGGAUAUACUGCAGUCAGUAACUAUAUCGUGGAUGGGGCAGACAUUGAUUUCACACAACCUACUGUACUAGGACUCUCUAAUCCAUUCAAUCUGACUGGAAUAUCGACAGCCUGGGAGGGAGCUCAGCUUUACAUACAAGUGCUUGAUUAUGAUACCUUUUCAUCACAUGAUACUAUUGUAAAGUAUCGAUUUAAUCUGAAUCCCUCCGUGUCAGUGGGAUCAACAAUUACACCAUCUGCCUCAAGUACCGCUACUGCAAGGUUUAGUGCUACUGUGUUGUGUGCUCCAUUCUUCAUUGGAGGCAGUUGUCAGUUUUUCAAUUACUGUCAGUUCAAUGCUGUCACAUGCAGUGACAGAGGAACGUGUGUGAAUGAAAUGGACAGUUUCACUUGCAACUGUGACCCUCCCUACUUUGGUGCAAACUGUGACUUUUGCUACAACAUAUAUUGCAACGAAAGAGAAACGUGCACCAAUAAUGGCUUUGAUUCCUACACCUGUGUCUGCAAUGCUGGCUAUACUGGUGUUGAUUGUGAAGACAUUGAUGAAUGUGAGGGGCAGAGCUGCAGUGGAAAUGGUGUCUGUAUGAAUGAGGUCAACUCUUACACAUGUGCCUGCAAUGCUGGCUAUACUGGUGCUGAUUGUGAGGAUGAUAUUAAUGAGUGCUUGCUAAUGGAGACAGUGUGCAGUGGCCAUGGUAACUGCUCUCACGGAAUAGCCACUUUCACCUGCUCAUGUGACCUUGGAUACACUGGACAGAGAUGUGAAACCAACAUUGAUGAUUGUGUGAAUAGGAACUGCAGUGGAAAUGGUGUGUGUGUGGAUGGUGUCAACUCGUUCACUUGUGAGUGUGUGUCUGGCUUCACUGGAGAGAUGUGCAGCACUGCAGGUGGUGGUCCAGGGAGCCUCACUCUGAUAGGAGGAGUGGUGGGAGGUCUCCUAGUGCUGAUGCUGAUACUCGUGCUCCUGAUAGUGGUUGUGGUGGUGUGUGUACGCAGAGCUCAUGAUCAGGGGAAGACCAUUCAAGACACUCAGUUGCAGGCUGGAGACAACCCAGUGUAUGGGAUUCCUGAGAACAGAACAAAUACCAUCACUUCAGAAACAGCAGAGUUCGACAACCCGAUAUAUGGCAGCCUGGAAUCACUUAACGAUGCAGACCUGGUCAAUCCAAUUUAUGGAGAUGCAGAUUUCAAUGAUGUACCUUAUGAAUUGGCCCCUGCAGUAUCAGACUAUGAGACACCUAUUAGUAUACGCAGAGCUCAUGAUCAGGAGAAGACCAUCAUUCAAGACACUCAGUUGCAAGGAGAUCUAAACACCAUUUCCUAUAUUCCUGGAGACAACAAAGAUGUACCUUAUGAAUUGGCCCCUGCAGUAUCAGACUAUGAGACACUUUUGCUGGCCAUUGAAUUACUGUAUUCUGCUGAGAAUGAGUGUCCUUGUUACAAGGCUUGUAUUGUGUAUGAGCUGCCUGUGUCUAUGGCUGGGGAAGACUAUGUGGUACAAGUGGAGAUACUCUCCUACAGUCAUCCAUCCAACACACGCUCUGGUGGUCAAUGUUGUGAUUCACCAUUGGGAUUCAAUGGUGUAGUACCAUGUAACGAAGGGGAACGCUGUGACACCUACUUCAUCUACUGCCUGAUGCCACAUUCCAGUACUGCUACACAGUGUCCCAGUAAUGAGCCCGGAUUUACUGCAACCAGGAGCUCAUACAUACAAGUGCUUGAUUCUGAUACUUCAUCAUAUGAUACUAUUGUAAGGUAUCAAUUUGGUCUGAAUCCCUCUGUGUCAGUGGGAUCAACAAUUACACCAUCUGCCUCAAGUACCGCUACUGCAAGAUUUAGUGCUACUGUGUUGUGUGCUCCCUUCUACAUUGGAAGCAGUUGUGAGAUCUUUAAUCACUGUGAGUCCAUAUGCAGAGAAACGUGUGUGAAUGAAAUGGACAGUUUCACUUGCAACUGUAACCCUCCCUACUUUGGUGCAAACUGCGAGCAUCAAAACUUUUGCCACAACAGAAAUCGCAACGAAAGAGGAACGUGUACAAACAGCAUUGAUUCCUACACCUGUGUCUGCAAUGCUGGCUAUACUGGUGCUGAUUGUGAGGUGGAUAUUGAUGAUUGUGAGGGACAGAGCUGCAGUGGAAAUGGUGACUGUAUGGAUGAGGUCAACUCUUACACCUGUGUCUGCAAUGUUGGCUAUACUGGUGCUGAUUGUGAGGUGGAUAUUGAUGAGUGCUUGCUAACGGAGACAGUGUGCAGUGGCCAUGGUAACUGCUCUCAUGGAAUAGCCACCUUCACCUGCUCAUGUGAUCCUGGCUACACUGGACAGAAAUGUGAGACUGACAUUGAUGAUUGUGUGAAUAGGAACUGCAGUGGAAAUGGUGUGUGUGUGGAUGGUGUCAACUCGUUCAGUUGUGAGUGUGUGUCUGGCUUCACUGGAGAGAUGUGCAGUGUGGUGACACAAGACGUGAGAUCAGAUGAUGCAACAGCUACUAUAGCAGGUGGAGUGGUGGGGGGACUAGUGGGCGUUGCAGUCAUAGUCAUUGUCAUAGUCAUUAUCAUUAAGAACAAGAAAGAAUCUUCAAAAUACAACGUAACUGUUAGUGGAGGAGGAACUGCCAACAAUGACAUACCAUGUCAGAACAACGUGGUGUAUGGUGUGUGUGAGAUGAACACAGCUCAACCUCAACCAACACCCUCCCUACUGGCCUACCCCCGUCCUCUAUACAAGAGCAGGAGUAUGGCUACCCAUUGUGUUCCCUCCCACCAGUGUACGAAACUCAGUGUACUGGUGUCUGCAGACUAUGUGGUACAAGUGAAGAUGGUAUCUUACAGUCAUCCAUCUAACACAGUUUCUGGUGGCCGAUGUUGUGAUUCUAUCUAUCGUGAACCAUGUGAUGGAUGGGAGCGCUGUGACACCUACUUCAUCUACUGCCUGAUGCCACGUUUCAGUACUACUACUGAGUGUUCCAAUAAUGAGCCCAAAUAUACUGCAGUCAGUACCAAUAUCGAGGACGGGGUAGCCAUUGAUUUCUCACAACCUACUGUACUAGGACUCUCUAAUCCAUUCAAUCUGACAGGAAUAUCAACAGCCUGGGAGGGAGCUCAGCUUUACAUACAAGUGCUGGAUUUUGAUACCGUUACAUCAGAUGAUACUAUUUUCUACACCUGUGUCUGCAAUGCUGGCUAUACUGGUGCUGAUUGUGAGAUGGAUAUUGAUGAGUGCUUGCUAAUGGAGACAGUGUGCAGUGGCCAUGGUAACUGCUCUCAUGGAAUAGCCAUCUUCACCUGCUCAUGUGAUCCUGGCUACACUGGACAGAGAUGUGAGACUGACAUUGAUGAUUGUGUGAACAUAAACUGCAGUGGACAAGGCAACUGUACUGACAGAGUUAAUGGCUUUGAUUGUAAUUGUUUCCCUGGUUAUACUGAUAUCAUUUGCCAGACUGACAUUGAUAAAUGCGAUGGAAUAAACUGUAGUGGCAAUGGUCGUUGUGUUGACAUGGUGAACAUGUUCCUAUAUGACUGUGAACCUGGCUACACUGGUGCUGAUUGUGAGACCAACAUUGUGAUUGUGUUAAUAGGAACUGCAGUGGAAAUGGUGUGUGUGUGGAUGGUAUCAACUCGUUCAGUUGUGAGUGUGUGUCUGGCUUCACUGGAGAGAUGUGCAGUGUGGAGACACAAGGUAAACAACACUAACUUCCUUAACACACUUGACAGCUUAUUUAGAUGCUUGGUGAAUGCUGCUGUAUAUGUUUAUUCUUUUAGCAUGUUUGCUUUCUAUACUUCAGACGUGAGAUCAGAUGAUGCAAUAGCUACUACAGCAGGUGGAGUGGUGGGGGGACUAGUGGGCGUUGUGAUGAUUGCAGUUGUCAUAGUCAUUCUCUUUGUGAUUAUUGUCAAGAGCAAGAGAGAGUUAUCUAAAUACAACCUAACUGUUAGUGGAGGAGGAACCGCCAACAAUGACAUACCAUGUCAGAACAACGUGGUGUACGGUGUGUGUGAGAUGAACACAGCUCAACCUCAAACCAACACCCUCCCUACUGGCCUACCCCCGUCUUCUCUACAAGAGCAGGAGUAUGGCCUCCCAUUGUGUUCCCUCCCACCAGUGUACGAAAGUGUGGAGGCGAGGGACGAGAAACUCAUGAUAAAUGUAAAUGUUAGCUAUGCAACCGUUGCCGAGCGUGGUGAUGGACUGGGACAGACUGGUGACAUCUAUGAUGAUGUCAACAUGAGCUGCCUGUGUCUAUGGAUGGGGAAGCUCAGUGUACUGGUGUCUGCAGACUAUGUGGUACAAGUGAAGAUGGCCUCCUACAGUAAUCCAUCCAACACACUCCCUGAUGGUCAAUGUUGUGAUCCAGGCAAUGGUGGAGGAUGUAACGGAAAGAAGCGCUGUGACACCUUCUUCAUCUACUGUCUGGUCCCACAUUCCAGUACUACUACACAGUGUCCCAGUAAUGAGCCCGGAUAUACUGCAACCAGUGACCAUAUCGAGGACGGGGCAGACAUUGAUUUCUCACAACCUACUGUACUAGGACUCUCUAAUCCUUUUAAUCUGAUAGGAAUAUCACCAGCCUGGGAGGGAGCUCAACUAUACAUACAAGUGCUUGAUUAUGAUACCCUUACAUCAAAUGAUACUAUCGUAAGGUAUCGAUUUGAUCUGAAUCUUUUCUCAGUGGGAUCGACAAGCACAUCAUCUGCCACAAAUACUAGGGCUAUUAUCGCUGUGAGUACUACUGUGUUGUGUGCUCCUUUCUACAUUGGAAGCAGCUGUCAGUUUUUCACUCACUGUAAGGACAAUGCUGUCACAUGCAGUGACAGAGGAAUGUGUGUGAAUGAAAUGGACAGUUUCACUUGCAACUGUGACCCUCCCUACUUUGGUGCAAACUGUGAGUAUCAAAACUUUUGCCACAACAUAUAUUGCAACGAAAGAGAAACGUGUACCAAUAAUAAUCUUGAUUCCUACACCUGUGUCUGCAAUGCUGGCUAUACUGGUGCUGAUUGUGAAGACAUUGAUGAAUGUGAGGGGCAGAGCUGCAGUGGAAAUGGUGUCUGUAUGGAUGAGGUCAACUCUUACACAUGUGUCUGCAAUGCUGGCUAUACUGGUGCUGAUUGUGAGGUGGAUAUUGAUGAGUGCUUACUAAUGGAGACAGUGUGCAGUGGCCAUGGUAACUGCUCUCAAGGAAUAGCCACCUUCACCUGCUCAUGUGAUCUUGGCUACACUGGACAGAGAUGUGAAACCAACAUUGAUGAUUGUGUGAAUAGGAACUGCAGUGGAAAUGGUGUGUGUGUGGAUGGUGUCAACUCGUUCAGUUGUGAGUGUGUGUCUGGCUUCACUGGAGAGAUGUGCAACACUGCAGGUGGUGGUCCAGAGGGUAUCACUCUGAUAGGAGGAGUGGUGGGAGGUCUCCUAGUGCUGAUGCUGAUACUCCUGCUCUUGAUAGUAGUCGUGGUGAUGUGUGUACGAAGAGCUCAUGAUCAGGGGAAGACCAUUCAAGACACUCAGUUGCAAGCUGGAGACAACCCAGUGUAUGGGAUUUCUGAGAACAGAACAAACACCAUCACUUCAGAAACAGCAGAGUUUGACAACCCAAUAUAUGGAAGCCGAGAAUCAUUCAACGAUGCAGAAUUGGUCAAUCCAAUUUAUGGAGAUGCAGAUUUCGAAGAUGUACCUUAUGAAUUGGCCCCUGCAGUAUCAGACUAUGAGACACCUAUUAGUAUACGCAGAGCUCAGGGGAAGAUCGUCAUUGAAGACACUCAGUUGCAAGGAGACACCAUUUCCUAUGUUCCUGGAGACACCGAAGACGUACCUUAUGAACUGGCCCCUGCAGUAUCAGACUAUGAGACACCUGUAUAGUACGUACCUGUGUAUGACAAUAGCUAGUAUAGAAUGGAAGGCAUGCAGAACAAUUUCGAUGUUGUGAAUUCUCUUGUAUAAUUGCAUUCCAUCAGUUGAGAAAUCAGCCCUUCCCCCUUUUGAUUUACACCCACGCACAAAUUGACAUUGCAAUUCACCAUCUAUUGUAUAACAGUAAACAUCUCACAGUGUAACGUUUGUACAAUCAUGUAUUAUUUUUACACCAUUAUAAUUAUUUAUUUGUAGACUGGUAAUCACUU